ACACCACAAGAGGGCGAUAGCUACCAAACUCCCCUCAUGGAACCUUCAGUCACGCUCUGUGUUUCCAGGCAGUGUCAGGGACAGCAGAGUGAGGGAACCCACGUGUGUUGACUGUUCAUGGAAUAAUGCCUAAGAAAGGAGGAAAAACUGCUUCUAAAGCUGGUGAAGGAGACGCAGCUGCCAAACGAAGCAAGACUGAACCUGCAAGCAUCCCCUCGCCUUUCAACUUUGAAAGCCCAGACAGCCUGUUCGAAAGCCUAAUCUCCCCCAUCGCACCCAAGGACUUCUUCCAUGAUUACUGGGAGCAGAAGCCCCUGCUGAUCCAGAGGUCUGACCCUUCCCUGGCCGCUUACUACCAGUCGCUCUUCCAGUUUGCUGACCUCAAACAGCUCUGCGGCAGGGGAGUGUUCUAUGGCAGGGACGUGAACUUCUGUCGCUGCGUAGACGGCAAAAAGAAGGUUUUGAAUAAAGAUGGUAAGGUGAACUACAACCAGCUGAAGAAGGAUUUUGAUCAGAAAAGAGCGACCAUUCAGUUCCACCAGCCUCAGAGAUUUAAGGAUGAGUUGUGGAGAAUUCAGGAGAAAUUGGAGUGCUUUUUUGGCUCUUUGGUGGGUUCCAACGUGUACAUCACACCACAGGAAUCCCAAGGCUUGCCGCCACAUUACGAUGACGUUGAGGUGUUUAUUCUGCAACUGGAGGGAGAGAAGCGCUGGCGGCUCUACAAACCCACGGUGCCUCUCGCCCGAGAAUACAGCCUGGAACCGGAGGAUCGGAUUGGGAACCCCACACAUGAGUUUACACUCAAGCCUGGUGACCUGCUGUAUUUCCCCAGAGGCACAAUCCACCAAGCGGACACACCCAGUGGAGUUCAGCACUCGACUCAUAUAACCAUCAGCACCUACCAGAACAACUCUUGGGGUGAUUUCCUGUUAGAUAUUGUCCCAGGAUUUGUAUUCGAUUCCAUGAAGCAGGAUGUUACUAUAAGGGCAGGCCUGCCCAGAAAACUACUAAUGGAUGUAAAUAAAUCGGAUUAUGCGCCCAAGCAGCUGUCUGGAUUUCUCAGAAGUCUGGCAGACAAGUUAGACUGUGGACAAGAACUGAGAUCUGCGGACAUGAAGAAGGAUUUCAUAAGAAACAGGCUUCCUCCAUACCUGGGAGGUGGCUCUGAACUCACGCCAGGUGGAAAACUGCCCAAACUGGAUGAUAAAAUCACACUGCGCUUUAAAGACCACGUCCUUAUCCUCGUGGAACCUCAUCAUGAAAUGACAGAUGUUUCCAUGGAGAUGGCCGUGUUUGUAUUUCACUCACUGAACAACAGCAGAGCAAUCCACAUGAUGGGAGCCGGGGAGGAAGAGGAGGAGGAGGAGGAGGACGAAGACGAGACGUUAAAGGCUCGCGGGCUUCGAUUCCCUCUGUCACACACAGAGGCCCUGAAACAGCUGCUGACGAUCGGCACGGUCCUCGUGAAAGAUCUCCGGUUAGACCUGGACGCAGACAAAGAGAACCUUGCCUUGUCUCUCUGGACCGAGUGUCUGAUUACAGUGAUCUAGUGGGAUAUACAUGUACAGCACAUGAAUAAAAAUCUCAGGUCUCAA